CUGAGUUGUACACACAUCUGGACUCUACAGGACAACAUGCUGAAUCUUCUUUUCAUCCUGGGGAUCUUGUGUCCCUUAAACUUGGCAGAAAUAGAAAUUCGACUGCUGGAUCCUAAAAUAGAUGGUGUGCUGGCGAGUCGGUUCCCAAACUCUUUUCUGCUGGGUCUGCCAGACUGCAGCGUUUAUGGAAACAAGUCCGCCGAGCUGCUGUACACAGAACUGCCGUCCAAUGAAAACAAAACAAAGAGUUUCAUCGUCCCAUCUUGUUCUGUCACUCGGCUGGGGUUGCUUCUGCAAAACCUAAAAAAUGGCACAACAUACAACAUGCAGUACAAAAUUGCAGGCUCAAAUGAUACAAGUGCAAACUUGACUAUGGCGACUACCAAUGUCAUUGAUUUCCAGCAGAUAGACAGUGGUCUUCCAGCGCGCAGUGGAGCCAUGGUGGUCAUCACCGUCAUUCUGUCUGUGGCUAUGGCGGCCCUCCUCAUCGGCCUCAUUGUUGUCCUCUUUUCCAGCUAGCCUGAACAUGAUGCACUUCAACACUAUAAAAAAAUUAUAAUAUAGAUACAUUUCAGAUACUUUGAGAGAUCACUUUCUUUUUCAAUUGAAGUCUACACCAGUACCUGGGUGCUUACAUUAACAGGGAAUUACACAAAUGUAUAUAUUAAUCAAUUAUUUAAAACUGAAUUUCGCAAAAUUGUGGUGGUGUAACUCAAUUUAAAAUAAAUCCUGUUCCUAAAUAUAUUUCUUUUUUUUUCCAACAAGCAGAUUUUAGCCAAAAGGCUGAAAUAGGAUCUAGAAAUCUAGAAAUUUAUACUGUAGAAAUUGCUUUAAUAAGUACAUUAACUAGGCUUUUAUACUGGAAAAAAAAGCUUUCAUGGGCAGACUGGAAUA